CCCCUGUAUACCAUGAACCACUCACUCAGCGAAUCCUCUCGAGACCAGCCCACUCUGUGACCAGAUCUCACCAAGCAAGACCCUUCUCCUUCUCAAAAUACCUUAUCUCUGCCCUGGACUUCCGGGGCAUCCGCACACAGAUGAACAGUGCUCAACCUUGCCAUGACUUCGACUUGUCAGUACAACAUAAUCUCAGCCCAGAACAGUGCCCAAUCCAGGGCUACCCUGAGAGGGGGGGUCCCUCCAUCGAGGUCCAGAUGCUAUCCCGCGUUACAGCCGCGCCGUGGAGGCGGAUGUUGAUCAGUUGCAAUCCUUGCCCCUGCUGCUGCACCACCACCGGAGAGCAUGAGUCCGAAAUCGCUCUCCAGGCCGUCGGUGGUUGAAAAGGCUGGAGAUCCCCCUCGAUUUCCAUAUCGUCGAGAUCUCACCUUUGGAAAUUCUCCUGACCAUCACGGCUGCUCCUCUUACCUGACUUUCUCGUAGCUAGAGUUCAUGACCGUUGUGAACAGUCGCACGCCCCCCUUUUAUUGAACAACUUCGACAACAACACCAGGUUGCUUGAACCAUCAAGAUGGAUGUUGACGUUGAGAAGAAGCAGGAGCCCAGCCCCGGAGCUCCUCCCCCCGGCCAGGAAUAUGGCCAGAUCGUCUCCACGCACGAGAAGAUGUCGCUCUUCGCCCGUGUCAUUGACGGUUUCCGCGAAAACCCCAACGCUCGCGUUUCGGAGCUCCUCGUCGACGACAAUGGGAAACCGCUCCCCGACCAGCCGCCGGCACAGCCAGCGUUGGCCAUGAAACUCAAGCAGCGACAUUUGCAAAUGAUUGCCAUCGGCGGCUCGAUAGGGACCGGUCUCUUUGUCGGUUCGGGCUCGGCUCUUGCAACAGGGGGUCCCGCGGCCCUUGUCCUUGCAUACUGCCUUUUGGGGAUCAUGAUCUUCUGCACGGUCCAUGCUUUGGGAGAGAUGGCCGUCUUAUUUCCGGUUGCUGGCUCCUAUUCAGCAUACUCCUCGAGAUUUCUUGACCCAGCGUGGGGGUUUGCGAUGGGCUGGAACUACGCCAUGCAAUGGCUAGUCACGUUACCAAUUGAAAUUAUGGCCGCUUCUAUCACCCUAAACUACUGGCAGGGUGCACGUGACGUUAACCCCUGUGUUUGGGUUACAAUCUUCUAUGUUGUGAUUAUCUCAAUAAACCUCUUUGGUGUCAGGGGAUAUGGGGAGGCGGAGUUCGCUUUUUCGAUUGUCAAGGUCAUCGCAACGUUAGGCUUUAUAAUAUUCGCCUUGGUUGUCGACGUCGGAGGAGGACCUACCGGACAUUAUUUUGGAGCCAAAACCUGGGAUGAUCCAGGUGCCUUUGCGUACGGAUUCAAGGGCGUGUGCUCGGUUUUCGUCACAGCUGCAUUUUCGUUUGGUGGGACUGAGCUGGUGGGGUUGGCGGCAGCUGAGGCGGAAAAUCCACGGUUGGCGCUCCCCACGGCCAUCAAGCAAGUGUUCUGGCGGGUGGUUCUGUUUUACAUCAUCUCCUUGACCUUCGUCGGAUGUUUAGUCCGUUGGGAUGACCCUCGGUUGCUCAACAGCGGCAGCAGCGCCAACAACUGGACAUCGCCAUUCGUGCUGGCCAUCAAAAAUGCGGGCGUCGGGGGGUUGCCCUCGGUUUUCAACGCUGUCAUCCUGAUCGCGGUUCUGAGUGUCGGCAACGCAUCUGUGUACGGGGCAUCGCGCACGUUAGCUGCCCUGGCGGAUAAUGGUCAGGCACCGAAAAUCCUUGGCUAUAUCGACAAGACCGGCAGACCGCUCGUGGCCAUCAUCUUCUCGUCGGCGCUCGGGGCUCUCUGCUAUAUUGUCGCGUUGUCGCCGUCGCAGAGACAAGAAGCCUGGAACUGGAUGUUUGCCGUCAGCGGUCUGGCAAGUAUCUUCACCUGGGGAUCAAUCUGCCUGUGUCACAUCCGAUUCCGCCAGGCCUGGAAGUACCAUGGCCACACUCUGGACGAGCUUCCUUACAAGUCUCAAGCAGGAGUGAUUGGGUCAUGGAUCGGCUUCCUGUUCAAUUGUCUGGUGCUGAUAGCCCAAUUCUGGACGGGAUUUGCCCCCGUGAGUUGCCCUUGUUGUUCCCAACAUCAGAGCUGACGUGCACGGCAUAUGAGUGUGCCAUUGGUUCGGAAAAUCUGUUGAAUUGUUCCAAGAAUGAGACUGACUUUUGAUCUCCUGUCACACAGAUUGGUUACCGAGAGAUGUCAUCAUCCGAAAGGACCAAGAUCUUCUUCGAAGGGUAUCUGGCAGCGCCGGUCGUCAUUGCCUUCUACAUUGGGUUCAAGCUUUGGAAGAAAACCCCGAUCCGACGUGUCAAGGACAUCGACGUGGUCUCUGGUAGACGUGAGAUCGACCUGGAACACAUCCUGGCAGAAGAAAGAGCGAUCCGGGCGACGUGGCCAUGGUGGAAGAAGACGUGGAAUACUUUUUGCUAGGUUGGCGGGCUGGAAGGGAUGUUUUGACAGACACGAAGCUUCGAGGGAUGAAGGCGACUAAAGAGUUAAGUUUGAAACCUGAGGCUGCAAAGUAGCGGAUGCCAAGAGAUGGGCAAAGAGCGGGCCAGAAAUGAGCACCAAACAGAGGGGGGCAGGAUCGAGCUCGUGGAGUUUUCGCCAUCGUCAAAGCAUCGAAACAUCGAAAACGUCCCAAACGUCAGAAGGGUCGAGACGUGGGUCCCGAUCCCCUUUGCAGCCCCCGGGAGCGAGUAGUAGACGCUGAGCGUCAGCUCUUCGAUCUUGGCUCGCAGCUUCUUCGCGGCAUCUGAUUGAUAGAAAUCCUCCGGCACGAAAUAGCCAUUGCGCAGCGCAUCAGCACUGCCAAGCCCAUUACGUGCGAACUAGGGGACGCCUUGGGGGUGUCUGGUGGUGUUGGGUGCGCCGUGGUGCCCCUGUGGUUGCCAGCUGAGGGCGAUGUUCGUAACCAUGACUCGUCUGCAUCACUGAUGAUCGGUCAAAGUACGGCGGAAGCAGGAUGGGAGGACGGGGGAACCGAGGAGGGCAUGUAGAAGGCGAAAAGAGGCAAUUCGGUGAAUGCGUGUUCGCCCUGUUCAUCCACACCACCCCGAGUGAUUAUGUUGGUGGCC